AUGAAUAAAUUAUCGUCGCUUGGCAGUUAUUUUGUGGAAUUACCGAUAGAAAUUCUCAUUAGUAUAACGGAUAAGUUGAAUGUCAAGGAUCAACAAAAUUUAUCUUGGACUUGCAAAAUGAUGUAUCGUUUAAUAAGAAUUUGUCAUUUUGGAGUCGCGUCUCCAGUUUGGGAAGAGGUCAAAAUUGAAGGCGCUGAUAAUAUACCAGCGUCAUGUUAUAGAGAUGAUGUUUGGAUUAAUGCAAGGAUGAUGCAUACUUUGAAUUCUAUCGAUCAUAAUCAUUUAGCAUUGUUUGGUGGACGAUGUCAUAUGAAAGAUGGUGGAAAAAAUGCAUGGACAACUUGCGAAGAUUCCACAGAAAUGCUAUACCCAAGAUCAAUACAUUCAUCAACCUUAAUAAGCGGGAGACUUUAUAUUUAUGCAGGAAAAGAAUUAAAUAAUUUUGAAUUUCCUCAAAAUUGGGUUGCUACCAAUGGGAAACCACCUGGUAGUCGAAUUACAAUUUUAGGAGGUAUUGAAUUAUAUAAUUUUUAUUAUGAAUAUGAGAAAGAACGUCCAUGGGAAUUUGUACCUAGUAAACAUAAUUGGGAGCAUGUAAAGAGUAAAAAGUAUGCCUCGCAUGAAAUGUGUUGCCAUUAUUGGUGA